AUGGAAGAAGAGUCUAUAUUCCGAAAUCUCGGCCCGGCGUACGCCAACUGGAUGACGGGCUAUGUCCGUUCUGAUCUGUUAAAUACCGACAAAGCAGCCUUUACUGUUCUUGAUGACAUGCGAGAUUUAAGGUCUUCGUAUUGGAUACCCCAAGAAAGGGGUGCCGCCGGAGAAGCAGAAUGUAGCCCUGGAAAGAGAGGAAGAGAAACCGGGUCUAUUUGUUCGGAUGCCGUGGAUGUUGCAUUAGCUGGCGGACUUAUCUUUUCUAAUCAGUAG